AUGCAAGAUCAAUUCAUCAUCUUUUCUCUGUUUCUUGUUCUUUUUGGUCCAUUCCAAGUGAUCUCACUAUACCAACCUUUCAAUGAAGAUAUGCUAGGGUUGAUUGUGUUUAAAUCAAGUCUAGAAGAUCCAAAAAACAAACUUUCUUCUUGGAAUGAAGAUGAUUAUAGUCCUUGCAAUUGGGAAGGUGUAAAAUGUGACCCUUCAACUAAUAGAGUUUCUUCUCUUGUUCUUGAUGGAUUCUCUCUUUCGGGCCAUAUCGGUAAGAGUCUUAUGAAGUUGCAGUUUCUUCAAAUUCUUUCACUUUCUAGGAACAACUUCACUGGAAAAAUAAACCAUGAUCUUCUUGUUACACUUUGGAAUUUAAAAAUUGUUGAUUUGAGUGAAAAUAGUCUCUCGGGAACAAUUCCGGACGAGCUUUUUCGACAAUGCUGGUCGUUAAGAGUUUUAUCGUUCGCGAAAAACAAUCUGACAGGUAAGAUUCCCGAGUCUUUGAGUUCGUGCUACUCGUUAGCAAGUUUGAACUUCUCGUCUAAUCAUUUGAAUGGUGAAUUGCAUUCGGGAAUGUGGUUUUUGAAGGAACUUCAAUCGCUUGAUCUAUCGAAUAAUUUACUUAAAGGCGAAAUUCCCGAAGGAGUUCAAAAUCUAUAUGAUUUGAGAGAGUUAAGGCUAGGGAGGAAUUUUUUCACCGGUAGGAUUCCGGAGAGUAUAGGAAACUGUCUGCUUUUGAAGGUGAUCGAUUUCGGUGAUAAUCUUCUAACCGAUGAAAUUCCAGAAUCGAUACAAAGGCUUACUUCAUGCACAUUGUUGAAUUUGCAAGUGAAUUUUCUCAAUGGAAGCAUUCCACAUUGGAUUGGCGAAUUAAACAAUCUUGAGACAUUGGAUCUUUCGUCUAAUCGAUUUUCGGGUUCGAUUCCAUCUGGAUUCGGAGGUCUUAGAAGUUUGCAGGUUUUGAAUCUUUCUACAAACAAUAUCUUUGGUUCUAUUCCAGUGAGUAUAAAAGAGCUUAAAUCUUUGUAUGUUCUUGACUUAAGUGAUAACAAGCUUAAUGGAAGCAUUCCUUUAGAAAUAGAAGGAGCAAUUUCACUUCUUGAAUUGAAGCUUCAAAGGAAUUUGUUAGGUGGAAGAAUUCCAGUUCAAAUUGCAAAAUGUUCAGCCCUAAAAUCUUUGAAUCUUGCACACAACAAUCUUAUUGGCUCAAUCCCUACAUCAAUUGCAAACCUAACAAAUCUUCAAUAUGCAGAUUUGUCAUGGAACAAACUCUCUGGAACUUUACCGAAAAAGCUCACAAAUCUUACACAUCUUUCCUCAUUCAAUGUUUCAUAUAACCAUCUUCAAGGUGAACUACCAAUUGGUGGAUUCUUCAACACAAUCACUCCCUCAUUUGUUCAUGGAAAUCCAUUGUUGUGUGGUUCUGUUGUUAACCACUCAUGCGAUCGGUCUUAUCAUCCGAAACCUAUUGUUUUGAACCCUAAUUCAAACUACAACAAUUCAAGAACUUCAGUGCAAAACCAUCAUCAUAAGAUAAUGCUUAGUAUAUCGGUUUUUAUAGCUAUUGGUGCGGCGGUUUCUAUUGUUGUUGGUGUUGUUGCUGUUACUAUUUUGAAUAUUCAUGUUAGGUCUUCGGUUUCGCAUUCUGGUUCUCCAUUUGGAUUAUCUGGUGGUGAGGAUAAUAGUUUUUCGCCUGAAAAAGGUCCAAAAUGCAGAAAGUUUGUGAUGCUUAAUGGCGAAAUUGUUGAGUUUUCUGACGAGGUGAAUAAUCUUCUUAAAGAAGGUAAUGAAAUCGGCCGGGGAGGAUUUGGAGUUGUAUAUUGUGUUGUCCUUCGAGAUCAGAAUUUCGUUGCGAUCAAGAAGUUUAUAGGUUCAAGUUUGACAAAAUCACAAGAAGAUUUUGAGAGAGAAGUUCAAAAGCUUGGUAAGAUUAAGCAUCAAAAUCUUGUGGCACUAGAAGGUUAUUAUUGGAAUUCAUCUUUUCAGCUUUUAAUUUAUGAGUAUUUUUCUAGAGGGAGUUUGCAUAAGCUUCUACAUGAUGAUGAUCAAAGCAAAUUUGUGUUUUCUUGGAGAGCAAGGUUCAAGGUUAUUUUAGGAAUAGCAAAAGGUUUGGCCUAUUUACAUCAAAUGAACAUAAUCCAUUAUAACCUAAAAUCUACUAAUGUUUUUAUCGAUACUAACGAUGAACCAAAAAUCGGAGAUUUCGGUUUGGUCAAUCUAUUACCAAAUCUAGACCAUUGUGUUUUGAGCAGCAAAAUUCAAAGUGCGCUUGGAUACACGGCUCCCGAGUUUGCGUGUUGCACGGUUAACAUAACUGAAAAAUGCGACGUAUAUGGUUUUGGAAUUUUGGUUCUAGAAAUCGUGAGCGGAAAAAGACCCGUGGAAUAUAUGGAGGACGAUGUCGUUGUUUUAUGUGAUAUGGUGAGAAGUUCAUUGGAGGAUGGAAAAGUUGAGCAAUGUAUCGAUGAAAAACUUGUAGGCUAUUUUUCGCCCGAGGAGGCAAUUCCUAUGAUUAAAUUGGGAUUGGUUUGUGCGUCGCAAGUACCUUCGAGUCGUCCCGAUAUGGAUGACGUUGUUAACAUAUUGGAGACGAUUCAAUGCUCUUCGGAAGGACAACAAGAGGAAAUACAAUGA